UCCAAAUUGGCUAUUAUAAAUUCUCAAAUGUCCGAACCUUCUUUGGUAAAAUAAUGAAGGAUUGUUUUUGGUACAAGAAUAUCAGACAUUCUAUAGGAAGUUAGAAACUCUUCGGAGUCUUUUGCGCCCAGGAAAAGAACGUUUACCUUUAUGAGUAAUUUUACCUCUAGUACUGCAGACAAGAAGGACCAGAAAGAAGAACAGAGCUGGAAGGCUUUAUUGCGAAACGGUUCUUGGAAAGAUUUGUACGAUAAAGCGGAAGAGUGCUUUAUUUCAGGUAACCAUCUCGAUGCAGAUAACGCUUGUUUCUUUGCUUGUCUAAUGCUAGCAUCUUUGUUAAAACUGGGAAAACUGGAACUAGCGAGAAAGUGGCUGAACUCAUGGAAGGAGCAGUAUGGUUUGGAAGACGUACCUACUGCAACGCUGUUUCUUGUGAGUCCUUUACGCACACAGUACUGCUUAUUGGCCAUAGAGGUGGCGUUUCGGCUUAGUUCAGAAACCGACGUAAACUGUCGACUGCAACCGUACUUUCGCCUACGAAGGUUGAUCGAGGAAAAUAUCCAAAUAGAGGACUCAAGGUGUAACAUGUGGCUACUCUUUCUGGAUACUUUAGAUUCUUGUAUAGUAAGUCAUCUGUUGGAAGCAAAUAGGCUUCAAGCUGUCCUCGAAGUUGCCAAAAAUUACUUGAAGAGAAAUGUUCAAGAUGUCUCUCGCCAGCUUGCCUUUUUUCGCUUACUUUUGUACAGUGGGGAUACAGAACAGGCUUCGUUAUUCUGGAAUACUAUAGAGCCUCGAGUUAAGGAAGACAGUGAAAGACACUUACACCGUGGCCUUUUAUAUGCGUCUCAAGGACACUUGGAAGACGCAAUAGACGAAUGGGAGGCUGCUGCUCUCUUUGAUCAGAGUUAUGAAACUAUUUUGACGAAUAAUAUUGCUGUAGGGUAUCUGUUACAAGGACGCAUCUUUGAAGCUAUGGAAAGGAUGGAACACAUAUUUCACAAAAGCCCAAUUCCUGCUUUGAAAGAAGACUUGGUAAAACAUAUAUGUAUUUGCUACGAUAUGUUACUGGCAAAUGCACAAGAGCGCAAAAGCUCUAUUCAACACGCUUUAUCCAAUGAAGCUCUUGACAGUUUCCAUUUCAAAAUAACCCAGCGGCCACUGAAUCAUGAACCGAGGAAAGAAUAAGAAAAGAGGGGGAUAUUAUUCUUAAA